CAGGUCCAGGACAGUGUGUGGGUCGCGUCCCCCACCACAGCCUUCCCGGCCAUGGGGGUCCCCAAAAGGAAGGUCCCGGGCACUCAAGAUGGCGCAGCUUCCCCCGUGGGCGCAGCCAAGCGGAUCCGCGCUGACCAGCUCACAGGCGUGCAGUUCAAGGCUCAGCUACGGGACUCGCGAGGUGCCGGGCCAGCCUUGGAAGCGUUUGUCACGAUGGCGAAGAAGCUGCCACAGGCAGGGAUGUACGAUGUCGUGGAAGGAUAUAUAAAGAUAUCUGUCGAGUGCGCAGAGCUUUUCCAACUCCUGAGUGGAGAGAAGCGGCCUGAAAGUGAAAUACUGUUAAUAUUUCAAGUUCUCGAGGCCAUCCUGCUGCGCACAGCAAGCGAUCUUUCACAUUUCCACGUGGUGGGCACCAACAUUGUGAAAAAGCUCAUGAAUAACCACAUGAAGCUCAUCUGUGAGUCCCUGUAUGCCUCAGGCUACAAGCUAGCUCGAGCCUGCCUGAAUCUGAUGGCAGCCCUGGUGGCCCAGGGGACCGAAGCUGCCAGGGACGUCUGCAGCAACUUUGAUUUGAAUAAAAAGCCCCUGUACACCCUGGUGACCAAACGGGAUUCAAAGGGAGUGCCCGACGUCCGGCUGGCCUAUAUCCAGUUUGCCCUCUCCUUCUUAAUCGCUGGCGAUGACAACACCAUCGUGCAAGUGCUUGAGUUGAAAGAAUUCAUCCCCUGCAUUUUUGGCUCCGGCAUAAAGGAAGACAGGAUCUCCACCAUCAGUCUCUUGUUAUCCACCCUGAAAACAAAGGUCGUUCACAACAAAAACGUCACAAAGACACAGAAGGUGCGUUUCUUCACCGGGCAGUUGUUGAACCAAAUAGCGUCGCUUUACUCGUGGAGGGGCAUCGUGGACGUGGACAUCGCGGACGUGGACACGGCCGGCCACGAGGCUUCUGCUGAAGAGGCGGGGAAAGCCAUGGUGAGGGAGCUGGUUCAUAACUUCCUGAUGGAUCUCUGCUGUUCGCUCAAGCACGGAAUCAACUUCUAUGACGCCUCUCUUGGGACCUUUGGGAGAGGAGGGAACCUGACCCUCCUGCACUUCUUGUUGGGUCUGAAAACUGCGGCGGAAGACGAGCUGGUGGCCGAGCUGGUGGUGAACAUCCUGAAAGUGUGUCCCGACUUACUCAACAAGUAUUUCAAGGAGACCACAUUUUCCUUCCUCCCGAGGGUGAAGUCAGCUUGGUCGAAUAACAUCAGACUGCUCAACAAGAUCUACGAGGCCCAGCCGGAGAUUUCCCGGGCGUUUCAGACCAGGGAGUUUGUCCCCUUGCCUCGGCUCCUCCAGAUGGUGAUGGUGACCACCGUGCCUCCGGUCUGCAACAAGACCAUGUUCACCCAGGCGUUAAAUCUGGACAGCACGUCGGUGAAACACACAGCUCUGUCCCUCGUUUCCGGCAUUUUGAAGCGAGCAUCGAAGACGAUUGACCACUGCCUGGAUCGAGAGGUGUGGCAAGAGCCAGGCGUGUACUCACCUGCGAUGAUGGAGGAAUUCGUGCAGCUCUUCCGGGAAGCCCUGAGCAAGAUGUUACCAGACCUGAAUACUAUCGUGUGGGUGUGGCAGACUCUUAAAAAACCAGAGGCCAAGCAGGAUGACGAGAAUGUAAAGAGGAAGGGUGACGUGACUCCCACUACCGAUGCGGUUCCACAGAGCGAUGAUGCAGAAACCCUUCUCUUGAAAGCCGUCCUGCUCCAGGCCAUAUGCUUGUACCAGAAGGUGGUCCCCCACGUGGUCAUGCAGUACAACUUUGACUUCAGCAAGCUUCUGAAAGGUGUCAUCUCAGAGCAGGGCCUCCGUGACGAGGUCCCGCCCCUUCUGCAGCACCACCUGCUGAAGGUGGCCCUGGAGCUGCCCGCCAGCAAGUUCUCCUGGCUAAAGGCACAGGAGGGCCCAGAUGCAGAAAUUGUUGGAGGAGACCGGUCGGUGUUUUACUUACUGAUGAAGAUGUUUGUGACCAGUGGCCAUUCACAGCUCAAGUUGUCCACCAAACUGCUGAUCAUCAAGAUCCUGCGCGACACGGGGGUGUUUGAGCACACCUGGAAGGAGCUGGAGCUGUGGCUGGAGCACCUGGACCACACGCCGGAGGGGGAAAAAGAGGCCGUGAUUCAGUUUCUGGAAAGCGUCUUACUGACGGUGGUGGCGAAUCCGUAUUCAUACACAGACAAAGCCUCUGACUUCGUCCAAGAAGCCAGCACCCUGCAGGCCACUCUGACGAAGCAAGAGGCCGACGAUGUCAGCAUCCCCAUCUCCCACAUCGACGAUGUCCUGGACAUGGUGGAUGUCCUGGUGGAGGGCAGCGAAGGCCUGGAUGAGGAAAUUGGGUUCUCGUUGAAUGAAGACAUGAUCCUGCUCACCUUCCCAUUCAGCGCGGUGGUCCCCGCAGCCCUGGAAGCCAGGAAUAAGUUACUGCUUGGGACCGAGAAGAAAGCAGGAGCAAGCAUCGAGGCAUACCUGACGUCAGUGCUGACGGACCUCCUCCACACCCAGAGGGACCCCCUGGCUCUGUGCCUGCUGCUCCAGGCGUCCGACAAGCUAGAGCCCUUGGCGGGCUCCCCGUGGGGCAAGCAGCUCUGCCGGUUUCAGAAAUACUACAGCCUCUGGAUCCCGGAGCAGGCCCGCGAGGCCAUGCCUCUGCAGGCCUCAGGCCGCACUGCACCUUGUGCUCCUGCCCCAGAUGCCCCCUUCGCCGCGCUGCUGAAGGCGGCCUACGAGGAGGAGGGCGCGCUCCUGCACGAGGGCAUCGAGGCCCAGCUGCGGGGGGCCAUCCCGCACCUGCCGCUGCAGCAGGUCCCCCGGGCCACGAAACAGCUGCUGCUCUACCUCCGGACCACUGUGGAGAACUUCAGCCAGCUGGGCCGGAGUGCGGGGCCAGCCCUCCUGCAGUGCCUCACGGGGCUCCUCCAGGCCCUGCUGGUCCACUGUGAGCACCUGGGUGCCCAGAAGCAGCCGCGAGGCCAGGCCACCCAAGCCGAGGCCGACCUCUUCCUGGACAUGGAGUCCUUGGCCUCUCUGGAGCUGGCCAGUGACCAGACGCUGGAGGAGGUGCUGGUGGCUGUCCUCAGACAUCCCACGCUGGACAGCUGGUUCCUGGCCCUGGAGCAGCAGGCCCUGCCCCCCCAUACCCUCAGCCCCAUCCUCGUGAAGCUGCUGGCAGCCGGGCUGAACACUGGGGUUCUUCAGCUGCUGGUCACGAGCGCCCCCAUUCUCCAGAACAUCGGCCAGCUGGGCCUCCUCAGCCGGUACCUGGAGGCCAUCACCCAGAGUGUGCUGAAGGAGCUGCGCAUCCGGAGGGCGGGUACGGGCCUGGCCCAGGCGUCAUUCAGGACCCUCCCGCAGCUGGAAGCCCUGCAGGCACUGCACCCAUACAUGGGGGGUACCCAGAUCCGAGAGAUCACCCUGGCUCUGCUGGGCCUGCCUGAGGUCUGCCUGGUGGCCCAGAGGCCCACCAAGUCCCCUAGGCAGGGGAAGCACCUGAAUGCUCUCGGCAAGAUGCUGGUCCAGCUGUUGACCGGCAGCCCCCAGGACCAGCUGCCGCGUGGCGAGCUCCUCUGCGCCACCGAGUACGUGAGGGGUCUGGCGGCCUUGCUUCCCACACUGGCCAUGGAGGAGCUGGACGCGGUGUUCCUCCACACUCUGCAGAGAAACCCCGAGCUGGCCCCCGUGGUCGGGGUUGGCCUCCUCGACUACUGCUUGGCCCGGCAGACGCCGGUGGCCCUGGACACUGUCAGCCUGCUCCUGCAACAAAGCUGCACCCACCUGCUGCGGUUUGAGCUGUGGUGCCUGCAGGCCGGCUCCAGGCGUGUCCUACAGGGGAACCUUGAUGUCUUCCUCCCCCUCGUCCACGUGUACCUCCAGUGCAGCUCUCUGGGACAUUUCACACGCCCAGCAGGAGUGCCCUCUGCUGUCAUGCCCGUUUUGAGGAAGACCCUGUGGAGGCAGCUGCAGGACCAGCUCCUUGGUGCUGAUAGCCUCCCUGAAUGUGGUCUCCACCCGGAUGUCCUCUCCCAGCUGGUCCCCUUCGUGAGAGCCAAGGAUCUCCGGGUUCUCAUGGACCACCUGCCCACCCUGCUGCAAGCGCCAAGCAGUCAUAAGAGCUGGAUUGUGGCUGACGCUGUCUCCCUCGUCUUGGAAGGAUCCGCAGAAGAGCUGCACACCUGGAAAAAGAUUCUUCUGGAAUCGUGUAUUAAAUGGCUGAUCGUGUCUUUUAGUGACAGCCAGCAAGACCAUGACAGUACUCGGGAUCUGGAGAAGCCAAUGCUUCUGAGAUUAACAGAGCUGUUGCAAUCCGUUAAAGAAGUUGACCCAGGUGACUGGCAGAGAUUUGUGAAGACUGGACUCAGGCUUCGCUAUCAGGAUCAUGCGUUCUUAAAGGCACUCCAUGCUGCCAUACAGCACUUGUAUUUCCCAGAGAGCGCCCUGUGCACGGAACUCGUCCAGCUCCCCGUGGUCCACAUGAUGCUCACCCAGCAUUCGCUGUUUCUGCCGAGUAUGCUGCAGGCCCCAGGAGAGGAAAGCCCAGACCCCCAAGUGAAAGAGGUGCUGGUGGACCUGAUGUCCACAGUGGUGGAGAAGUGCCCUGCUGUUUGUGAGAGCAGCCACUUCUCAGUGCUUCUCGGGGCCUACGGGGCCACACUCAGCGUCCUGGACCAGAAGCUUUUACUUCUCCUCCGGGCGUAUGAAAAGAACGACCUGAGCCUCGUCAGCUUCAGGGUGCUGUUGUGGGGCCCAGCAGCUGUGGAGCAUCACAAGACCUGCCGGAGCCUGGGCAAGUCGCUGUGGCAGCAGCCGAGUGUCGGGGACAUCCUCCGCCUGCUGGAUCGGGACCGGAUGAUGAAGACCAUCCUUCAUUUUCCCCAGAACCGGAAGCUGCUGCCCCCUGAGGAUGCACAGGAAUCAAUAUUUAAAGAUCAGAGCAUGGUGGACCUCAGUGACCUUUAUGACCCCUGCUUUCUGCUUCAUCUCUUCAGCGAGUUGACGAGGCCAGAAUUUGUGGUGGAUUGCCGAAAAUUUUUGGACUCGAAUUCUCUGGGUCUAACCAUCGCGGCCCUCAGCAGCUACGACCCCAAGAUGCGGGCUGCGGCCUACUAUGUGCUGGCAGCCUACUACUCGCAGCUGGAGGGGGCACGGUUCCGAGAGCAGGCUCAGCUCCUCUACCUGUUGGAUGUCGUCCGGAAUGGGAUCCGCUCACAGAACAUGCGCCUCACGUUCUCCCUGACGCUCUUCAUCGCCAAGGCGGCCCUGCAGAUCCUGAAGCCAGAGGAGCACAUGUACCUGAAGAUCAGCAAGUUCCUGCUAUCCCAUCAAGACCUGAAUAUGAACAAAGUCCCCGCCUUCUACCAGUUCUUCUACAGCUCCGACGUCGAGCAAAAAACGGAGCAGGAGUGGGUGCUUGGCCUCCUGCGGCAGGGAAUUCGAGACAGGCACUGCUACGAGCUGUACGCCAGGCAGGGGAUUCUCCACGUCAUCCUGUCCUUCUUCAACAGCCCUCUCUGUGAUGACGUGGCCCAGAACUGGAUUCUGGAAAUCCUGCAGAGCGCCGCCCGGGUUGCCAAGUCCGCCUAUGAGAUCGUCCGAGACUACAGCCUCUUAACGUGGGUCGUGCACAUCCUCGAGAGCAGGUUUCUGGAGACGCAGCUGCUCUCCAACGUCAUCUCCCUGGUGCACACGCUGUGGGUGACCAACCUGGGAGACAGGUUGGUGGAGGCGGAGGACCGGCCCUCAAGAAAGCUGAGGUCCCAGGCACCCCCAAAACUGCUCGCCCUGCACCUCAUCGACGAGUUCCUCUACGUCCUCAUUGCACUCAUGAAGCACCUGAGGCCCACCUUGGACCCUGCCCGCUUGACCAGCUUCUUCUGGACACUGGAAUCCGUGCUGAAGUACCGGGUCACCGUCAUGCAGGCCUUCAGGGAGUUGAACCGCUUCACCGUGAACGAGAGGGUGCUCUCCACCAAGGACGUCCUUGUCCUCCUGCACAAGUGGAGCCUCCUGGAAGGGGAUGGCCAGCUCCAGGGAGCCCUGAGCACCGCUGCUGAGGCGCACCGGGUCAGGGAGCUCGCCAAGAUGAUCAAGGAUAAGAACAAGCCUGUUGGACCAGCGCGCACCCGAGGCUCCCGGGGCCGCAAGAGGAGGCCUGGGGAGGCAGAAGAGACAGCUGCCCCUGAGCUGACGGCGGCCAGCCUAGACACCUGCCGGGGUCUGCUGCGGUCCAUACUGACUCAGUGGGGGCCUGUGCCCCCCGCCACCGAGCUUGCUCCAGAGCCUGUGGAUGGGGCCACCCCCGAGGGCCCUGCUCUGGGCCUUGUGCAUGCCACGGCCUCCCUGGUGGCUGCCUGGGUGCUUCGGACAGUGACCAAGUGCCCCCCCAGUGGGGCAGAGGCUGCAGGACUCCUCGGCUGGCUCCAGAGCCACAUUUUGCCACAUCCAGGGGUGGUGGCUGACCUCCUCAGGGACGGCACGGUGAGGGGUGGCCUGUUCCAGCUGUAUAGCCGGCUGUGCAGGGCCCCGGGGCUGGUGGGCCCCACACAGCCGGUCGCCUGCCUGUUCAACACAGUCAUGCUGCGGCUGCUGGCCGCCCAGGGCCCCAUGGAAGGCCCCUUCCACCGGGCCGCUGAGACACUCUGCCAGGCUUCUCUGACGGAGGAGGACGGGGAUGUGACAGCCGCCGCUGCGUUCCUGGUGUCGCUGUACGUCAAGGACCUCUGGCUGGGAGCCCCGCGGCCCCACACCCUCCUGGCCCACGCCCAGAUGAUCCUUGAAGCCACCGAGGAAGCACCAGGUGGUGAUGCACGCCGGGCCCCAGGGGGCGCCAUCCUCGUGCUCUGCAAGGACAUCCUGGCCUCUGCCCAGACCCCGGAAGUCAGCCCUACUGGCACCACAAGCUCCCGGCUCCAGGGCUUCGGUUCAGCCAGGAUGCGCAUGGAGUCCCGUGCGAGGACAGACACGGUGCUCUAAGGUCCCGGCAGGAGAGCAGAGAGGACGUACUGUUGGCCUCUCAGUAAGAAACUCGGGGCUGUGUGUGGAACAGUCAGUGUCCACGGGGACAUCACAUGACCCUUCCCCUUGGGGUGUCCUCGUGAGGUACGGUGUCUGAGUGCUAAAGGGAUCCGUGGCUAUUAAAACCAGAUGUCAGCUAUUUCAUCUCAGGAGCCUGAGGGGAGAUUGUGAACUCAGUCCUUGCUCCCAGAAGAAGGCCCAGAGAAAGCUUUGAGCAAAAGUGGAGGGUCCUGUCCUCCUUGUCUGUUUGGAUAAGUGAGCGGGUUUUACAGUAAAUCCUCAACGUGUAAAGAUGAUUCAACCCGUCUGUAUUUUUUAAAGUUGUGUUUCAAAGAGAGGGAUUGUGAAUUUCAUAAAUCCUUGUAAAUAAAUGCCUAUUUUUAUAAAA